UUAACAAAACUCUUUUGAGUAUCUCACCAGGUGCCAAAAAUAGCCUUGCGAGUUGCGAGUGCUUUACAUUUUUGUCAUAGUUUUCGUCAGUCAGAUCUCAUUUCUGUGUGGAUCGCGCUUUAGGACCAGCUGAUCUUCUGCAAUGGCACUCAAUCUUCGUCAGAAGCAAACUGAGUGCAUAACGAGGGUGCUGAAUCUAAAUCAGCCGGUUAAUGCUAGCGGGACGGCGAACGAGGAGGUGUAUAAGAUCCUCAUCUUCGACCGCUUUUGUCAGGACAUAUUGUCGCCGCUCAUCCACGUCAAGGACCUCCGCAAGCACGGCGUCACCCUCUACUUCCUCAUCGACAAGGAUCGCAAACCCGUCCAUGACGUUCCGGCGGUCUACUUUGUCCAGCCUACCCACUCCAACAUCCAACGCAUCGUCGCCGACGCCUCCAAGUCUCUUUAUGACUCCUUCCAUCUCAAUUUCUCUUCCUCCAUUCCUAGACCCUUGCUGGAGGAUCUUGCCUCAGGAACUAUUAGUUCAGACUCGAUUCAGAGGAUAACAAAGGUGCAUGAUCAGUACUUAGAGUUUGUGACACUCGAAGACAAUUUAUUUUCACUCGCCAACAAGAAUUGCUAUGUUCAGUUGAAUGAUCCCUCUGCCAGUGAUAAAAACAUUGAGGAGAUCAUUGAAAAGAUCGUGAGCGGGCUAUUCUGUGUUUUGGCGACACUUGCUGUGGUACCAAUCAUCAGGUGCCCCCGUGGUGGCCCUGCCGAGAUGGUGGCUUCAUUGUUGGAUCAGCGACUGCGGGACCACUUAUUGGUGAAAAAUAACCUUUUUUCAGAAGGCGGGAAUUUUUCCAGCUCUUUUCAGAGGCCUGUUUUGUGUUUGUUUGAUAGGAAUUUCGAGUUGUCUGUUGCUAUUCAGCACGACUUUAGGUACAGACCCCUCGUUCAUGAUGUUCUUGGGCUGAGAUUGAAUAGGGUGACUGUGCAAGGGGAGAAGGGUGGGGGGACAAAAUCCUUUGAACUUGACAGAUCUGAUCCUUUCUGGAUGGAAAACGGGUCACUGGAAUUCCCAGAAAUGGCUUUGGAGAUUGAGAACCAGUUGAAUAAAUAUAAAAAGGACGUUGAGGCGGUGAACAGGCGAACCGGAGGGAAUGAGGCUGAGUUUGAUGGGACGGAUUUGAUCGGAAACACAAAGCAUUUGAUGAAUGCUGUUAAUUCACUGCCUGAGCUGACCGAAAGAAAGCAACUGAUAGACAAGCACACUAAUAUCGCGACAGUGCUAUUGGGGGAAAUCAAGGAGAGGUCCCUAGACACAUAUGCAAAAAAAGAGGAUGAUGUGAUGGUCAAAGGUGGGGGAGUUGACCGCAACGAGAUCCUUGGGGUGCUAAAAGGGAAAGGGACAAAGCUGGAUAAGCUCCGGUUUGCCAUCAUCUACAUCAUCUCAAGUGAGAACAUCCCUCAAUCAGAGAUCGAAAUGAUUGAAGCCACACUAAGAGAGUGUGAAGUCGAUACCAGUGCGUUCCAGUAUGUGAAAAAAAUAAAAUCAUUAAACGUUUCCUUAGCUUCUGCAAAUUCAGCAGCCAGCAGGAACAACAUUGUUGACUGGGCAGAGAAGCUGUACGGGCAGUCAAUAAGUGCUGUGACCGCUGGUGUGAAAAACCUCUUAGCUGGUGAUCACCAGCUAGCUUUGUCCAGAACAGUGGAAGCCCUGAUGGAGGGGGGGAAGCCAAACCCUGAAACUGAUCAUUACCUUAUAUUUGAUCCCCGCGCUCCUUCAGGUGGCAGUGGGGGUGGGGGACAUCUAAAAGGAGGGGGCCCGUUCAAGGAAGCCAUAGUGUUUAUGAUUGGAGGUGGAAACUACGUAGAGUAUGGUAGCUUGCAGGAUCUUGCACACCGGCAGCGACAGCAGCAACAGCCAGUCAAGCAUAUAAUAUACGGCACCACAGAGAUUCUUACAGGAGGUGAGUUCGUGGAGCAGCUUGCUUUGCUGGGUAAGAAGAUGGGAUUAGGAGGAAGCAGUAGUAUACCCGCUCCGGCCCACUAAUGUAUAUGUAUGGUAUGUGUGUAUGUCUUGCAUUGCAUUUGUAAACCACAUGUGGAAAUUUUGAUUAAAUGACCCCCUUCUCCCCCUAGAAUCAGGUUUCAGCCGUGAAAAAAUAUUCCAUCACACACAUCAAGUUUAUACUUCAUAGGAAUAUAUUUUUUCCUGGAAAAAGAAAAUGUUUUGUUAUGUAACCCCCCCCCCCCCCCCCUCACUCCA